UAAUCCAGUCCGCAUCGACGUCAUCCAGAUUCGUGACGUCAUUUAAUGACAGAAAAUGGCGACAAACAAGGGAGACUGGAACGCUUUGCCCAGUGUUAUCGUUGUAGAAGUCCUCUCCUUACUGCCAAAGAAAGACCUUAUCCAAGCAGCUACAACAUGCAAGAACUGGAGAGCUUGCCUUUUUCACCCUGGGCUGUGGAGCCGCAUAGAAUUGAAGCUAAAUACGCCAGAACAGAUGGCCAGGGCACAGUUUGUCGCUACAAAAUGCGCGGGUUUCGCACGAGAGCUGUACCUGGAAUGGCCGCACGAUGUCGACAAGGUGGACGUUGACUGUCGCCAAAUCAUCAUGAGAAAGGCGCUAGCAGUUCUGAAGAUGGCCAAGAACAACAGAAAUCUGGAAAAGUUCUGCCUGAAGUGCUGUGGUUGUAGUCUUCUGGGCGAGACGCAAGAGGACGAAGACAUCAUAACAGAGCUGCAAUAUGUGAUCUCCUUGAUUCUGAGUGGUGCCAAGAACCUGAAGUACCUGUCCUUUGGCUACUGUGUGGAGGUCUUUGACCACACCACCAUCCAGGCUGUAGCCAAGGCCUGUGGGCACUCAAUACACACGCUGCAUGCUGCUACCCUGUACCCUGAGGAACAGGCUCAGAGCCUCUUCACGCCCUCCAUCCUGCAGUCUUUCCAGCACCUCCAAGUGCUGAGCAUGGACUUUGAAGAGCUGAGCAACGAGAUCCUCUCGGUCAUGUGCAAUGAGAACCGGGUGUCCCUUAAGAACUUGAUACUCCUACAAGAUGGCCAGCCUGCCAGCGUCCCCGAUAUCCGGGACCGAGCGUGGCACCUUUUCGCCUCCAGCAACCCAGACGCGGAGGUGACCCUGACCUUGUUGCGACUGCCGUCGGGGCUCCAGAACUAUCUGAGACCGAGCAUGCCGCUGGGGACCCUGCGGGUGCUGUACUCUGGAGAGGUGACCAGGGCCAAUCUGGACUUUAUAUCAUGCCAUUACUGCAAGACCCUGAAGAGUCUCAUCAUUUGUGAUUGGCUGGAUUCUGGGGCAACAUACUCCCUUGUCCCAGACACCAUGAUGGGGGAGGACCCAAUAGUGAUGCUGGCCUGGAGAUGCACCAACCUUACCAACCUGUCAAUCAUAGGGUAUGAAUUUUCCAAGGACAGCCUGGUUGCUGUUGCACGCUUGCGGGGAAACCAACUCCGGUCCCUGGAAGUCUCCAUCUCCUGCAUCGUGGAGACUGAUGAUGAUGAUGAUGAUGAAGAGGAUGAAGAUGAAGCCAUCCCUGAUGAUGGAGCAAUGUCAAUGGACACUCUCCGACAACAGGUAUCAGAGAGCCUUGGCUGGAGCUGGACCCCUGCCGUGUACCCUCUUGACAGCAACCUGACUUCAGACAUCCUGCUAGAAGACCUGCAGGUCCAGGGCAACUAGCCAACACCUGUCGCUUCCAACAAGCCAGAGCCAGUUUCCAACAAGUACAUCUGACCAGUGAGACUCCAGGCAAGGCUUGGGCAGGCUCCCACCAUUUUUGUGUUUUAGUUAUCAGCUAUCUUUCAGUGUUACAUUAUUUUAGCCAUUGCAAAGUUUUAGAGAUAGGUUCAAUAUUUUAUGUUUCAUCAUCAGGUCAUAACUUAUUGAUUAUUCUUUAUUCUACAUUAUAGCAUAAAAUUGCAUUGGACAUGUAAUGAACUAUGACUAAAACGUAGCUGUAUUAUUUUCAUAUUCAGCAAUAGCUUAUAACUUAUAUAUUCUUUAUCUCAAAUAUUUACAGCUAUUAGACUUUUCAUCAGUGCACUGCCUUCAGCCAACAAGAAGCGCAAUAACUUUAUGCCAAAAUCCAACCAAAAUUUCAUGGCUGAUUUACAGAAUUAGAGAGGAGAUAACAACUUACAUCAUGCAACACAUAACCACAAAAUCAUGCAAUAUAAUUCACUCCAAGGCGCAGUCUUGUAAAUACUGAGGACUGCAAUGUCAGUGCCCACUCAAAAUCCUGCAAAGAGCAUCUUAAUAAGUCAACUGCAAUCUGCCAUAAACAUUUGCCCCACAAAAGCACUGAUAUGAAGCACAAAAAAUUCCAUCAAGUCAACUCUUAUGACAGGUCAUAAAUUAAGCAUCAAUUGUAGUAACCUUUUUAGGUAUCUACAAGAGAAGAUACUGUGUACGGGUAGAGGUUACAUAUGAUAUAUAUAUACAUCACUUGACUUUGCAAUUUAACUUCCCGGAUAAUUUAACUUCCUUGACAAAAGCUGAAGGAAGCCUCAUUGCCAGGCCAGUAUCAUAAGCACAAGUCAUGUAAGAUCAUGGCUAAUAGAGUAUUACAUGCCAUUUCGAUAGUAACUGAAAUGUUCCUUUACAUGAUGGUUUCCAUCAGCUGUAGAUAUGCCAAAGGACAUCAUUACUGUCAGUCAAACCAAAUUGUGCAAUAAGACAAGACAAUAAGGGGCAUUAAGAACGAUAAGGAAACAUCAGGACAUUCCUGCACCCAGUGUGUGCAAAGAGGUCAUCCCCCUUGAAACCAUCACAUUUAUUUUCAGGUGUCAGUAACAUAGCUGGGAAGUCCACACAGUCUUGCUAUGCCAGGGGCCAGCUCAGACUCUGCCAAAGAACUUACAUCAUUUCCUUUUGAAUUACUUGUUUGGGGUUAAUUCCAAAUUACAUAGGUACUUGGUUCUAAGUUUUGCAAAUCAUAUUCAUGACUUCUAAGCAAGUCCUGUUGUUGAAGCAAAGUAACAAGUAACCUUGAAUGGAAGGAGUCUUUGAUGUAUUGGGCUUGUUUCUGUUCUUAAAAGACAAAACUCAGGUGCUUAAAAGUAUGGCAGCACAACAACUAAAAUCUGUGGCAAUUGCUCUUUAAGAUGAACAAAACGUAAGUAAAAAUAAUCAAUAUGCAAAUAUUUAUAAACAUGAGCUGACCUGGCACAGCAAGGACAAUGUAGACCAUCAGAAGUUUGUUACAAAGUGGGGAUUCAAUCAGGAAGAGGACACUGACAACAACUGUUGUUUAUGCUAGAUUAUGUGUUAUUGCAUCUAAAGUGUUGUAGCUUUAGUUUUAAUCUAAGAUUAUCCUAACAUGUAUAGUGCUAAUGUUCAUGUAUGGAGUGUUUGUUAUUCUUUAGGAAGACACUAACAGAAGAUUUUAUGUCAGUUUGUACUUUUUUCUUCAUCCUAAUACUGAUUAAGUUCAAACAUAACAUUCUUUUGCAUUCCAGUGAUAUGGUUGAUAAACUGUUCAUGUAGAUCACAAUUACUAAAGAGGCCUAAAAUAAGAAGUUAGGUUAAUAAAAAGUACAGCUGAAGCUUUCACAGUGAUUAUGGUUAGAAAAGCUUUAUGACAAGACCAGAUGGAAAGAGGGGAAGAUUUGAUAUUUAUUAUGCAGAAAUUCAGAACUGCCAGUGCAGUUAAACAUCCAAAGUACUGCACUACUGCCAAACCAAAGAUACAAGUACGAGUACCAAACAGGCGUUCUGAAGAAAAACAGUUUCAUCAGAAACCUUAUUGAGAUAUCAACAAUACAAAGAUUUCUAGAUAGAUCAAUAUAUAUAUAAUCUAUAUACCAUGAUCAGUGUAGAACUGGUGUUGCCCUUGAACAUGAAAAGAGUGCAAGGAUUUCUAUUUCGCAAAAAGAAAUCACAAGCAGCCAUUAGUGUUUUUCUUGUUUAAGUUAAUACAUUCUUCAGACCUUUGAGAUGUAAGUUUGCCAUGUUAGUUCAUGUCAGCAAUUUAGUAGACUGUUUACUGAUUACUAAUGGUCAUGCUAAUUUGAGUAAUCUGGUAACAGUCUCCAUGGUAAAGCAAAAGCACCAUGUCAUGUCCAUCACAUUGUUUGAGUAACAUGUGUGACCUGACUUAACACACAUUUUCAAGGGCAAGAUCAAAUCAAUCCAAAUGCCAAAUUAAUAAAAACUGUCUAGCAAGUAAGUUAUAAUCAUUGUAGUUGUGAAUCAGUAGUAAUGUGUGAUGUAGUAGAGGAGAUAACUAUAUAACAACCAAAAGACCAAAGAGGCAUCUGAACUGCCACACACAACACCAAAGACCAAUGUAAAAGUGAAGUGACCAACAACUUCAAUGUCAUAUAGACCACAGCUGGAAAGCUAUUGUAUUGCUGUCAUGUCAUCAUUCAAUGUUGUGUGAGUCAUGUUCAAAUGGUCUGUCCAAAUGUCCAACAAUAUGUGUAGAAUUUGAAGAUGCACUGAGGAUUAAAAACAUGUCUUUUCAGCUGUAUAUUUAGUACUAAUGACCAUAUGCUAAAUCUGAUUUUGUUCUGAAGACAUACUCAUAGUCAUUCACCAGAUAGUCUUUAAUUAGAUUAAGAAGGCCGCAUCAAUGGUCAAUAUUUACCAAUUGUUUAUGUUUUAUGGGUCUAUUGAUUCUUCUUUACAUAGUGGUAUUCUCGACAUGGUAUCAAUUUUUUUUAUAUAGUGGUUAAUAGAUUGCUGAAAAGACAGUUUGUCUCAUCUUGUUGCACAUCAAAUUAUUGUUGAAUUGUGGACAUAAUUGUUGACAUAUGACCAUGGUAUCAAAUCAUCACUAUCUGUUGAUGUUGUCAGCCAUUGACUGAAUGAUGACUAUGUUAUACACUAUGAUAUACAUAUAUACACCAAUACAUGAAACUGUUACAUCAAUUCAGACAAUAUAUGAGAUAAGUAUAUGAUGUGACACAAGAAGGAAUGUUACCACCGAUGGAAGGUCCAGCCUUUGCAAGUCCAAAGCAACUGCAAAUUAACACUGUAAAAUGAAACUUGACUCAAAUUUGUUUCCAUAUAUCUUUGAAUAGCUGAUAUAGAAGCUUAGAAACUUGUCAAAUUUUCUUAAUGUGCAUGUUUGUAUCAUUUUUAAUCGGACAUUACUUUACACAAUCAUUUAGAAAUGAUGUAACUCCUGAUAAGCACUAUCUGAUUAAUUGUUAACUGCCUACUACAGUUUGUUAUUUUGCAGAUGCUUUGGUCAGUGGACACCAGUUCGAGUUGUGCUUUGCAAUGCAAAACUGUGAUGCAUUAUCUUCUGUGAAGAACAUUGACCAACUAGCAUGCAACAAGGACAUUUGUUGAAUGAGUUGCAUCUCCCUAGCCAUGUACGAUGCACUAUAACUUUCAGAAAGGCAGCACUUACUACCAUGAUGUUUGACACGAUCUCUGUGAUAAAUGUUGCUCUGAUGUGAUCAUGUGAAGAAGAGGUCUUCAAGUUUAAGGGAACAAAUCUUGAAGCCUGUGCACCUGUGGCUGACAGCUCCACUCCUGCAGUAUAUUUUUCUAUCAAAGAGACAUAGCAUGGGAAGGAGAACACCAAAGUGCCAUGGUAGCCCAGAAAAAUUACAAUUUGAGGAUUACAGAUGAUCAGAGAAGGCAGUGGGCGGAGAGUGUCAGCCACAGAAGUGCUCAGUAGUUGGUCCCAGUGCUUUACCACAGUGUAAUAAUCAGCUGAUAGGAAUAUGAACAAAAUGUAUGCAAAUGUACCAUCUGUGACUAAGCUCCAAUGCAUUCUGGGACCACAAAGUGGCCUACUGACUACAUCUAUGUUUGAAGGAGAGAGUAGAAGAUGUGAACAGUGGCAGCUGUUUCCUCCAGUGAGUUGGAGUUGAACUGUUGUACUUCCAGACAAUUGUAGUGCAGUUUUUCCCUUCUGCACCACAAGCAGUGAGAUAUACAAAUGAUGUGCAGAAAGUUGACUACCAAACUGUAAGGCAGCUAGCUUAUGCCCUGGCGAACUCCCUGGAGGGAAGAGUUGCCACAUGCUCUAUGACAUGCUGCUAUAGCACAACGAACCAAAGCCGGCCGUGCCUAGCAUGGGCCGUAAACUUUGUUUGACACCUCGCCAUAAAUGGCACUUUGAACUGGUGUGUCAAGUGUGAACCAACAGUAUUAACAAGUCUGCAAAGCAAGGCGGUUAUUUGUGUCUAUACAAAAGUCUGUGAUAAAUGUUACAUGUGAUAUUAGCAACAAAGUUAUCAGUAUGUGUCGUGUAGAGUGUAGAGGUUCCAGUUGAUAGUAGCUAGGGAAGAUUUCUUCAUAUUGACUUUCUUAGCUUUUGAUGUGUUUGUCUAGGGAAGAUACUUUACAGAUAACCACCUUCCUGAUGCAAUGAAUAUUCCCUGGACUGCACCGAUAGGCUGUUAAAGUCAAUAUGAAAAAUGACUCUGUUCUAUAGUAUGAUAAAUUGUGUGUUCACAUGGAGAGUCAAAGUAUUUAUGUGAUUGCUUGUUGCUGAGCAGUUUUAGUUAUCUUUGUCAACUAAAUAAUAGCAGACUUCCUUUUAAGGCAGGGCAUUCAUUGGAAUGUUUUGAAUGUGUACAACAAUUUGAAAGUUUGGUGCAGAAAGGACUGUUUUAUCGUUAAUCAAAAUGCUUUUAUUUUUUAUCUACCUCAGUUGCAGUUGUACAUGAUCAAAGUUUGAGCUGUUGCAUGCAUGAUUGUAUGGUCUCUGAUAAUGACUGGAGGCUUGCUAAACUUUCACUUGUAACUAGCCUAGUUACUAGUCAUCUUCAAUAGUUGCUGCCCCCAGUUCAGGAGUAUAGCAAAUAUUGGAGGCUAACUAGAAACAUGACUUACCUGGUCAGGUGAGAAAAUUGUCCCAGAUACAAAGUCUGUCACCUGUUUAUAUACAGGUUGUUCUCUCUAUGCCAACAGUGAUCUCACCUGACUCAGGAAUGAACACAAAGUGUAACGUUACAUUAAGUACAAGAAGUAAGUUCAAUUUGUGUUUUAAGUCAAAAUUAUCCUAAUAGCCAAUAUGAAAGUAUGCAUAUUAGAACACAAAUGUGAAUGAAGUUUUCAAAUGAUACUGCCUUGUGCCUUUAAAGGCUGGGUCAGUAUCUGUAGUUUUCUUGAAUAACUAGACUAUAUCUCCUGUUCUGACAGGAUUCGUUGGUACCUUGUAUGGAAAAUUAAUUGACAGACAAGUCUUCAGGUUCUCAGUUUCCUGUUGCUGAUGCAUGGAAACAUGGACAGGCAUCUUGCUGUGCAGCAGUUUGUUGAACUGACCACAAUAGUUAAGUAGUAGCUGUUCACAUGAGCUUGUCCCGAGGCUCUUGAGCAAGCAUGUUGUUCUGUUACUGUAUGUCUAUGUUUGAAAGUUGAUUAAUAAAGUAUAUUGACGUUGUUA